CUGAUCCCGAUCGUUUCCGGGUGUUUCUGCCGCAAUCCGGUUCCCUGCAGUACGGAGUACGGACCGGGGGGGUUCCCAAAAGAGCUCCCCGAACCUGGCCAGCAGAGCGCUUUGCUUGGUAUUUUUUAUUGCUGGUGAUCCUAACGCUUACACCAGCUCGGCGCCCUGGCGAGGGUGCAAGAUACCGCGCUUCCCAGAGGCGCGCCUUCACACAGAGCCAGCUAGCCAGAAAGCUAGCUAACUAGCUAGCUAACAACAUCGAUUUACCCCACCCCCUCCCUCCAACCGGCUGUGGUUCUUAAUAUAUCCAGUAGCUGGCUAGCUAGGAGUAAAUUGUGAAAUCAGUUUUUUAAAUAUUUAUUUUAGCUUUUCCGUUAACAUAAACCGCAACAUUGCAUUUCGUCGGGGGUACGGGGAGAGCAGUCCGACGCUGGGCCUGUCCCCGAGAGUCGUCCUGGUCGGAUCUCCAGGUUUCGGAUCAGGGACUCGCGGCCCACUGGGGGUGGGGGUUUAACGUGCGAUCUUAGCGCCCCCCGUUAUGUUACCCCAAGAUUGUAGCUGUAAUUUUUUGUAAGCAUAGGCCGCUAGCCUAAUUCGGUAUUCGUGAUUGGAACCCUACUGAACCAUUUCCUCUACUUCUACCUCAGCUUAAUUUAUCUAACGUUAUACCCCGUCGUCUCGCUGAAACUGGCUGGCCCUCUCCUCCCCCUCUCUCCCCGGCUCCUUCUCAAGCUUGGAACCCCGGUCGGCUUAGCUCUGACAAUCCGAGCGACGAGCGCGGCUCAGCGGUCACAACCUGCAGCGCACUCAGACCAUCUCCCUAAACACAAGGUAUCCACGAUCAGAAACCCGUACUCUGAAAGCGCAAAACCACGGACACCUGGGGAAGUUCGGUGUUCCGCAUUCCCACUCCGAGUGUCGAAGAACCCAGCGGUAAGCGAGUACUGCUCAGACCGAGCACCUGCCCGCGCCAUGCCCGGCCCGGCGGCCGGUAGCAAAUCCCGGGUUUACGCCGACGUGAACACUUUGAAGAGCCGGGAGUACUGGGACUAUGAAGCCCACGUGCCCAGCUGGAGUAACCAAGAGGAUUACCAGCUGGUGCGUAAACUGGGACGUGGGAAAUACAGCGAGGUGUUUGAGGCCAUCAACAUCAACAACAACGAGAAGGUGGUGGUCAAAAUCCUCAAGCCUGUCAAAAAGAAAAAGAUCAAGCGGGAGAUCAAGAUCCUGGAGAACCUGCGUGGCGGAACCAACAUCAUCCGCCUGGUGGACACCGUGAAGGACCCGGUGUCCCGAACGCCAGCGCUUGUCUUUGAAUGCAUCAAUAACACAGAUUUUAAGGAGCUGUACCAGAAGUUAACAGAUUUUGAUAUUCGUUUCUACAUGUAUGAGUUACUAAAGGCUCUGGACUACUGCCACAGCAUGGGCAUCAUGCACAGGGACGUGAAGCCGCACAACGUGAUGAUCGACCACCAACUGAGGAAGCUGCGUCUGAUAGACUGGGGCCUGGCGGAGUUCUACCACCCCGCUCAGGAGUACAACGUCAGGGUGGCGUCGCGCUACUUCAAGGGCCCGGAGCUGCUGGUGGAUUACCAGAUGUAUGACUACAGCUUGGACAUGUGGAGUCUGGGCUGUAUGCUGGCCAGUAUGAUCUUCCAGAAGGAACCUUUCUUCCAUGGCCAGGACAACUAUGACCAGCUUGUGCGGAUCGCGAAGGUUCUGGGGACAGACGAGCUCUUCGGCUACUUGCGCAAGUAUCACAUCGAACUGGACCCCCGCUUCAAGGACCUGCUGGGCCAGCAGACGCGGAAACGCUGGGAGCAGUUUGUCCAGUCGGAGAACCAGCACCUGGUCAGCCCCGAGGCUCUGGACCUGCUGGACAAGCUACUGCGAUACGACCACCAGCAGAGACUGACCGCUACAGAGGCCAUGGAGCACCCGUACUUCUAUCCAGUGCUGAAGGAGCAGUCUCACUCCAACACUGAUGGCUCUCUGCCGUCCAGUGGCUCUACCACGGCGCGAUGAGAGAGCAGGAAUACUUUUGUUACCUCAACUUUUUAAUCCCGUUUGUGGCAGAAACCUCUUCAAGUGUACAGGGACACCGGAUCAAUACACCGUUGACCAGUGGAAAACUCACACACACACACACACACACGUACGUGCAUACACACACACAUACACAAUACACACACACACACAAACUCCCUCCCUCCCUCUUUCUGUGUCAGUAUACAGUUGACUCCGCCCAGUCAGGUGUUCAGCUGCCAGACCAAUGAGCUUGAAGGUGUCUCAGUGCCCCUCCUCCCUCCUCCCACUCCCGGUUAUGUUUCAAUAUAUUUUCAAAAACAGAAUAAAACGGCCCCCCCCUUCCCAUCUUCAUGCCCCAGUACCCCCCCCCCCCCUCAUAUAAACAA